AUGGAAAGCAGCGUGCCAAGGAAUUUCAUGGUAGAUUUGAGUGUGCCACGCUUCCAGGGAGGCUCAGCUUUCCCAAUGCCACCCUCGCCCCUCGAAGAGCGGAUCGGGGUGCUGCAGAGGCCCAAGACUUUAGCCCUGCGCCUCACCCACAGCUUCGUCACCCACGGCAGUGGCGGGGAGAAGCCGCUGUCCCCGGCCGCCCCCGGCCGAGCGGGCAGCCAGGACCCCUGCGAAGCCAUCCGCCGAAGCAGCGUCCUUCUCCCUGGCCAUUCGCACACCCUCGACCUCAAGCCUCAGGGACGAGGGUCCGAGCGUGGCUUGGCCUGGCCGACGGACCCUAAACAGAGCGAGGAGAAGAAAGGGGUGCUGAGCCCGCAGCUGAAGGCGCUCCUGCCCCAGGCCAAGCUCAAGAAGUGGGUUCUGAAGGAGAACGCCAACCCUUCGGGGGACGCGUCCCUCAGCUCGACGCUCUCCAGCCCCGCCACCACCAUGCACCCCUUAAAAUGCGGCUGUUGGGGCUGCUGGCGGCUGAUGCGCUGCGAAGAGGCCGGGGCCAAGUCCAGCCUGCGCUCUUUGGGCUGCUUCUCCAGCCGAUCCAGCUUGCCCUCGUUGGGCUGCCCCGGCUGCAGCCCGCAGUCCGUGAAAAAACUGGGGUGCUUUUCCUGCGCCCCCGUGGCCCUGCGUUCCCUGGCCUGCCUGGCGUGCAACCUCUCGGUCAAGUCGGCCAGCUCCUCCUGCAGCUUCUGCAGCAGCGAUCCCAUCGUGGCUUACGACCCCCGGGUGGGGUCCUCACCAGCGCCCAGCUGCUACGGCGGGGAUGAAGAAGAGGACGAUGAGGAAGACGACGAUUACACCGUCCGCAACAUCUGGCCUGACGAGCUGGCCAAGAAGAUGCACAAGUCGCCCCUGCCGCCGUCGCAGCCGCCGUGGAACCAGCCGCAAUCCUCCCCCUUGAUCCUGGACUGCCGCAACCUGGUGGAGUUCACCAAGACUCAGCUGCAGGGCGCCAUGCGCUUUGGAGUCGCCGACGCACCGGGAAGACGGCGGUUCCAGCAAGGGAAAUUGGCCGUGUUGGAUUUCCUCUCUUCAAGGGGCGCCUGUGACGGCCGGGAUUCCUCGCGGCAGUGCCUGUGGUCCAAGGAAGGGUCUGGCUGCGGAGGGGUCCUGGAAUCCCCACCGGCUAGCCCCCCCAAGCCGCCCAAAACCCUGCCCAUGCAGAGCCUGCACCUGGUCCUGGAUUUGGUGCACAGAGACGAGCAAGGACUUGGGAAGAGAGGCAAUCCGAUCGGAUCGGAUGCCCCGGAGAUCUCGGACGAGGUGGGCUCCCCGCUGACCCCCGACUUGGAGAACGCCGAGCUGAGCCCCAUCCUCCCCUUCCUCUACUUGGGCAACGAGAGGGAUGCCCAGAACUUGGAGAUUUUGCUCCACCUCAACGUCGGCCACGUUCUCAAUGUCACGACCCACCUGCCUCUCUACCACGCCGACAGCGGGCGCCUCCGUUACAAGCGCUUACCCGCCACCGACAAUAACCGACAGGACCUGCGGCAAUAUUUCGAGGAGGCGUUUGAGUUCAUCGAGGAGGCCCGCCAGAGCGGCAAGGGAGUCCUCGUCCACUGCCAGGCCGGGGUCUCGCGCUCGGCCACCAUCGUCAUCGCCUACCUGAUGAAGCACACCUUGAUGACCAUGGGCGACGCCUACAAGUACGUCAAGGGCCGCCGGCCCGUCAUCUCGCCCAACCUGAACUUCAUGGGGCAACUUUUGCAGUUCGAAACGGACCUCAACGCCGGCGUCACGCCCCGCAUCCUCACCCCUAAGCUGGCCGGCGUGGAGACGGAGGUGUGAACUGAGAUGGAGCACCACCGGGUGAUCUCCGUCAACUCUCAGGGCUGGGGGGGGAGGGGAAAAAAAGGGGGAGGGAGGCGUGCGUGCAAUAAGGGGUAGGGAGGCAGGAGGGUGCAAUCUCCCCCCCCAAAAGACGGUCAAAACGGCAAGCUGAUUGCCAAAUCCAGAACCUCGUAGAAAUCAACCCCCCCACCAUCUCUCUUUCCCCCCCCCACCCGCCGCAGGGCAGUUCCAAUCUCCGUCUGCCUUUGCACAGCCAAUCCUUGAGGCUGCGUCCCCACGCACAAGGCCGUUGUCACUUGGUUUUGUGGGUCCGGACGACACAAAUUUAAUCGGCGACGGCAGUUUCGACCGUCCACCGUGGUUUUUCCAAGCUGGUCUACCUUGGCAUCCGGGUGGGAAGAGAGUGGGGAGUGAUUGGGGUGGGGCUGUUGUGUGCCAGGUUAAUUUAUUGGGUGUGUGUGUAUAAAUCAGAGGGAGCUAUUCCUUACCACUGCCUUUUUUUUUUUUUUUUUAAAGAAAAGCUCCAGUUUACUUCCAUUUAUAUGCUGUGGACAGCAGUAUCUCCCAAUUCCUUGUGCAUUUGCCAACUGUCUGUGUUUGUGCAUCUAUAAGGAGCAGGGAGGGUUUGAUGGUGG